GUGACAGCCGCGCCUGGCACCCGAGCCCCCGCCGCCUGGCGCUCUGGCGGGCGCAACGCACGUGGCUCUGGCCGCGAUCUCGUACCCGUGGGGCCCCCGGGUCGGGUGUGUCAGCGACGCUCGCUGGAGAACCCCUUGGCCAGGAGUUUGCCGCUGUUCGCAUCUGACAGGACCUCUCGGGGCCUGCCUUGGUCGGUGCUGGCCGAGCUGGUGCGAGUAGGGUUCGAGUGGUGAGGCUGGCCCAAGGGACUACGAUGCUCCCGGCCUCCCAUGGCAGAGAGGGGGCAGCGAGGCCUCCUAGAGAUGUCACCGAGAGCCCUUGGGGUUUCCAGUGGCCCUGGGCCACCCAGCUUGUCCCGAGUGCCAGCUCUGCCUGAGACUGACCGGCGCAUUAGCGCCAGGCGAGGGGAGUACAGUGGGUGGAUCCGGUACCCUGCCCUCCCCGUGUGAGUUCCCUCCGAGGCCUAGCUGCUUUGGCUGAGAGGCUGUGCAUAGGUGUUCUGCAGACCAUGAACUGAACGCUAGUCCCAGACAUUCAUGAGCACAGUGUGAGGCUCCUGACCAACGCCCAGCAGCCCCUUCCUCUCUGGCACUAAGGAGCCCGGAGAAGAUGGGGAGGAAAAAGAUUCAGAUCCAGCGAAUCACUGAUGAGCGGAACCGCCAGGUGACAUUCACCAAGCGGAAGUUUGGGCUGAUGAAGAAGGCUUACGAACUGAGUGUGCUGUGCGACUGUGAGAUCGCCCUCAUCAUCUUCAACCACUCGAACAAGCUGUUCCAGUACGCCAGCACCGACAUGGACAAGGUGCUGCUCAAGUACACAGAGUACAACGAGCCGCACGAGAGCCGCACCAAUGCUGACAUCAUUGAGACCCUGAGGAAGAAGGGUUUCAACGGCUGUGACAGCCCAGAGCCGGAUGGGGAGGACUCCCUGGAGCAAAGCCCCCUGCUGGAGGACAAGUACCGGCGGGCCAGCGAGGAGCUGGAUGGGCUCUUCAGGCGCUAUGGGUCAUCUGUUCCGGCCCCCAACUUUGCCAUGCCUGUCACAGUGCCCGUGUCCAAUCAGAGCUCCAUGCAGUUCAGCAAUCCUAGUGGCUCUCUGGUCACUCCUUCCCUGGUGACUUCGUCCCUUACGGACCCACGGCUCCUGUCCCCCCAGCAGCCAGCACUACAGAGAAACAGUGUUUCUCCGGGCCUGCCUCAGCGACCUGCUAGUGCAGGAGCCAUGCUGGGUGGAGACCUCAACAGUGCUAAUGGAGCCUGCCCCAGUCCCGUUGGGAAUGGCUACGUCAGUGCCCGCGCUUCCCCUGGCCUCCUCCCUGUGGCCAAUGGCAACAGCCUAAACAAAGUCAUCCCUGCCAAGUCUCCACCCCCACCCACCCACAACACCCAGCUCGGAGCCCCCAGCCGCAAGCCUGAUCUGCGGGUCAUCACUUCCCAGGGAGGCAAAGGGUUAAUGCAUCAUUUGACUGAGGACCAUUUAGAUUUGAACAAUGCCCAGCGCCUUGGGGUCUCCCAGUCUACCCACUCGCUCACCACCCCAGUGGUUUCCGUGGCAACACCAAGUUUACUCAGCCAGGGCCUCCCCUUCUCCUCCAUGCCCACUGCCUACAACACAGAUUACCAGCUGCCCAGUGCAGAGCUAUCCUCCUUACCAGCCUUCAGCUCACCUGCGGGGCUGGCACUAGGCAAUGUCACCGCCUGGCAACAGCCCCAGCAGCCCCAGCAACCACAACAACCACAACCGCCACAGUCACAACCACAGCCACAGCCGCCACAGCCACAGCAGCCACCUCAGCAACAGCCCCACUUGGUCCCCGUGUCUCUCAGCAACCUCAUCCCAGGCAGCCCCUUGCCCCAUGUGGGUGCUGCCCUCACCGUCACCACGCACCCCCACAUCAGCAUCAAGUCAGAACCAGUGUCCCCAAGCCGCGAGCGCAGCCCUGCACCUCCUCCACCAGCUGUGUUUCCAGCUGCCCGCCCUGAGCCUGGCGAAGGUCUCAGCAGCCCAGCUGGAGGACCCUAUGAGACCGGGGACCGGGAUGAUGGACGGGGGGACUUUGGGCCCACACUGGGCCUGCUGCGCCCAGCCCCAGAGCCUGAGGCUGACGGCUCAGCUGUGAAGAGGAUGCGGCUGGAUACUUGGACAUUAAAGUGACGGUUCCCACUCCCUCCUCUCAGCUUCCCUGAUGAAGAGUUGACAAUCUCACCGCCCACCCCUCCCUGCCCUGGGCUCCUCCCGCUCGACCCCCACUUCCUUUCUUCUGCUCCAUGUCCUGUUGAUGGUUACAUUUGUGUAUAAUUAUAUUAUUAUUAUUAUUAUUAUUAUUAUUAUUAUUAUAUUUUUAAAUUCGAACUCUCGCUUUAGAGAGAGGGUUGCUCUUGCCCCUUUCUUGGCCCUACCAUUUUCACUGGUGGGGAACUCUCUUUAUUGCGGGAAAGGGGGGGGACACUUUGCACGUUGUACACAUAUGCUGCAGGAAGGGGGGGCGGUAGGCCUUGGAGAAGGACAGGUGCCGAGCCCUGCAUGUGGAGCCCUCCCAUCCCAUUCCCAGAUAGACGUAAAGAACCAAAAACUAUCCAACAACAAAAACCCGGACAGUAGACUGAAACCCCGGAGCUGGCUCGAUGGUGGGUUUGCGUCUCGGACAGGAAGAGGCAGAAACUCUGUUUCUGGGCUGUUCACGGCAAAUAACCCAUCUUGGUCCCUCCAGCUUCCUGCAGACACGCCACACUCUCUGAAUCUGUGUGCUGCACCCCAAGAUCUGGGUGCUAGGAAGGCUGCCUGGGAAUCUGAGGCCAGGGCGGGGGCUUGAGGUGGGAACCUCUCUGGAAGUGACUUGAGAGAGAGAGAGCUGUAGAAAGAGGGCGGAUGAGGGCAGGACUGGGUGUGGUGACCCGGGGCCCUACCCCUGGCUUUCCCUUUAAGAUGUACAGUGCAAUAGCUCCCCAUCCCUCAGUCUACCCCAGCCCUAGAAAGCUGGCCAUGUACUGGAAGAGUUGGGGAGAGGACCUUCAGAAGUGGCCCCAGGGUGGGCCAGAGUCAGCCUUUGGUUCCCUGGGGCACUGAGGGCCAGAGGCUGGUCAGGGGCAGGCAUGGGGAGGGCAUCUCUGCUUUGUGUACCCAUACCCGGAAAAGUGCACAUUGGGCACACAGCAUGGUCUGUGGAGCUAGAGGUCCCGAGAGAUGAGGCCCCUGAGGCCCCUCCCCAGUCAGCUCCUGCCCCUGACCACCUCCCAGCUCUUCGCCGCCUGCUCCUUGUCUCGCUACCUCCUGUCCCUCCACCUCCAGGCCACGCCCCAAACCUGCCCUCUUGCUACUGUAAUUGUAAAUAGCGACCUUCCGAAAUGUUAGUGGUUAACAGUCCAGGAAACUGUUGUGUUGUUUGUUGUUGUUGUUGUAUUGAUAUGAAAUGAGAUUCUAUUUUUGUCAAAGUAUAUUGUAAUAAUAAUGACUCAAAUGGCCCGUACUGUACAGAUGGGAUUCUUCUGCUCUUCUUCUUGCCUUCCUCUCCAGACCUGUGCUUUGUCGCCUCCUCAGGGGCCUCAGGCAAGCACCGGGGCAGUGCAAGUGCAAGCAUCGGGUCCUUGGGCCUCUUGCUGAAUCUGAGAUCAAACUGGAGGGAAUAGAACACCCCCAGCCUGCUCUCUGUCACCACCCCUCCCCUCUGCCUCCUCCCCCAGGAAGGGGACUGGAGACAGCACACACUCCCUUGGAGCUUCCUCCCAGUUGGAGGGUAGAGGAAGACAAGGCUCAGUGCUGUAGGAAGAUGUCUUUGCCCACCUGUGACCCAGCCUUUCGAAGUAUUUUGACGCUUGAUACAGGGAAGGAGCCAGCAGCAGAGGGUGUGAGCAUGCUCAUGCGGGCGGAUCUGGGUGCACCCUGUGUUUAUGUGUUUGUGUGCAGCUGUGUGGGUGUACCUUUGAGUGCCUCUGAGUCCAGUGGGUGUGUUCUCAAAUCUUGUGUGACUCAGGCUCCAAGGGCCUCUGUGUCUGUGUGGCUGGGUGUAUUCACACAGGGGUAGGUGGCUUCCAACCGUGGCUCUCACUCCUCGCUUCCCUGGGCUGCUCUCGGUCCUGAAACAUUUGUACUGGAGUUGUAGGGAGUUGCUAGUUGGCCACCCCGCUUCUCCCCACAGCCUACCUCCACAGGGCCUCACUCCAGGAGCUCUGCCUCCAUAUGGCUGUCCACUAGUCCCACCCAGACCAGUUCUGGCCCUGGAGUUCUGACUUGUUUGUGGAGCAGACUCAAGUUCCUCUUCCUCCUAGGAGCUUUGCUUUCCAUAUUUACCCGGAGUUUUACCCCAGUAGCUGACCAGGCAAGGGUGUCACAUACAUGCCUUGUCUUCCCACCCCUCCUCACAGUUCCUAGAGGGAGUUUGAAGACUUGCUUAAGGUUUUGAAAGAAGCCAGGGUGUAGUCCUGUGCACAUACACUCCCUUUGAAAGCAGCUGGCACAUUGUAGGCCCUCAGUAAAUGGUGAGUGGGUGAAUGAUAGGUGCUCAAUAAAUAUGGAAUCACUGGCCUCUUCCUUCUCAGGCCCACCUUUCUAGGCUGAGCUUGGCCACCAUGACACAAACUGGGAUGAGGCCCCCGAAGUUCACAGUGUGCCACUCAGCAGUUUGCCAUCUGCUUCCUGAAAGCAAACCUGGCUUCUGAUUGCCGUGAGUGUGUGUGUGUGUGUGUGUGUGUGUGUGUGUGCGCGCUCAUCUCUGUCCCUGACAGUAGGGACAGUCUGUGAAUGAGUAUGUGGCGUUCCUGCAGUUCAGUAUCUCCGGGUUUCUCCUGGGGCUGUGUAGGGGCUUCUGGCUGGCCAGGUAAUGGAUCCCUGGGAACCCAGACCUCAAAUGAGGACUUACCUUCUUCCUCUCACAAGCCAAAUUUGCCUCCUUUCCACUCCCUCUGCAAAACUGGGUAUUUGCCAAAGUAGCCUCUGGCGUCAUCCAGUGCCCUUCCCACCCAGGUUUCCCUCGGCUUUCAGGGAUAGUGGGACCGAGGGCCAUGCCCACAUGCCUCAGUGGAACACAUUCCCUCAGCCCCCGGCAGUGCACUCAACCACCCCUCCCCACCUUGGACAGGAAAGAAGAAAGAUGCACCUUCUCUUGCUGAUUAUUUAUUUGUUUGGAGAGACAGAAAUGAUGUAAAAGUAUCUCAAAAUCUCUCUAUCUCUCUAUAUUUUUAACCGACUCUGGAACCCCCUGUGGGGGAAUGUAGGCUCUCCUGGAGGCUGGGCGCCCCUUCUACCCCCUUCUGCCUCCUGCUUUAGCAGAGGGAUGGGACUUAAUGGGGCAGGAGGGCCAAGAUUCCCAAGGAGGGUCUGAAUUCUCUACCCCAUUCAAGUCCCGGAGAGAGGGAAGUAGGGAGGGGUGGGGCCAGCCAAGAGGUGGCCCAUCCCCAAACUUGACAAUCACCCACACUCCUGGCUCCUGGGUCUUGGGGCAGGGUGAGUCCAAGUGUGUGGUUGUUGAAUUGUUUUCAUUAUUUCCGUGCUGUACGGUGAUGCUUUCUAGUAUUCUGCACAUUAAGAAGAGACAAAGUCCUCGAGAUUCUUACGAGCUUGGUUUGAAAAGUCUUUCCUAUAUUUGUUGUAAAGAGGUUUACUAUUAAAAGAAAAAGGAACACGUUUCUGAUACCUCA